AGAUCUGCGGGCGGCGCAUCAGGCGCCUCCGGGGUAGAGGAGAGGGAGGACCCGGGCGGGGAGCACCGCUCCGGGUACCGGUGGCCGGGAAGGGAGAGCUCCGCCGGCAUCCGGGGAAGGCGGGGGCAGCGCCGGUGACCUGCCACAGAUCGGCUCAUCCGCCGCCGCCGGAGGAUGCACGAAGCGCCGGCCGCCCGCACGGUCCCGCCGCCGCCGCCUCCUCCCCAGGGCGGCUGCGGGCAGCGGCGGGAGCGCCAGCGGAGAUAAGGGAACGCGGGGAAAGUUGUGCGGGCCGGGCGUAGGGCUGCGUGCCCCGCUGGGGCAGGAGGGCUCCGCCAGCAUCAGCGCGGGGAAAGUGGGGUUGGAAAGCAUUUUCUGGUCUCGCUGCCAGCGAAGCGCAUUUAACCAGCAUUACGGGGAUGAAGGGAAACUGGGAAAGUAACUCGGAAAAGUGAGUGGGAUUUUUUUUUUAUUUUUUUUUUUUUCCUUCCCUCUGUUUUGCUCCUAAUCCGAAAAGAGCCGUUUAAAAGGAAAGCAAAAGCCGCCGUGUGCGCCCGCUGCUGGGAGAGGCACGGGAGAGGAGGCACUGCACACCGGCACCCCUGCCCACGCUGGGCGAGGGUGCGGGAUCCUGCGCUCGGCUCUCCCCCGACACCAUCGAGUACCAAAGCAGCUACUUAGAGUAAACAGAUUCAUCAUACGACAGAGCGCAGGAAGGUGAGACAGAAGCAGAAACAGAAACUAACACUGAAAGGAAGAAAGCAAAAAAAAGACAGCGACUGCGAAUUACUUCCAGAGAAAGUGGGUGGAUGUUGUGCAGCAGCGACCUGGGAUUUUAGGGGAUGCACCCUUAUAUUUUGCUUCUCUCUAGUCUGAGCCUCUCUUCUCCGGUGGCAGAAAGCGGCUGUACUUGGUACAAGAGGAGGAAUAAGCAGGAGAGGUUCGCUCAGCAGUGCUUGCGGUGCCCUACUGAUCUGCUUUAAGGAUUGAUUUUAUUUUUUUUUUUCUUUUACUGGUGGAUGUUUUCUUGACCUUGGUUUUGAGACCUCUUACUUGCAUCACAGUUUUUCUGGCUUUAUUUCCUUUGGCGAAAAGUGGAAAGGGGGAGGCUGGCUUGGGUGCUGAAAGUUGCAAUCGUUGUUAUUUUGGAGCCAGCAUGUGCACCAACAUAGUCUACGAGUGGCUGAAGACCCUGCAGCUCCCUCAGUACGCGGAGUCCUUCGUCGAUAAUGGCUACGACGACCUGGAGGUCUGCAAGCAGAUCGGCGACCCGGACCUGGAUGCCAUCGGCGUGGCCGUGCCCCACCACCGGCGCCGAAUCCACGAAGCCGUGCGGCGGCUGAAGGAGGCGGACGAGAAGGCGGCGGGGCUCUACUUCACCCUGGAGCCGCCGCCGCCGCCGCCCCCCGCCCCCGCCGGGCGCUGCCCCCGCCGGGCUGGGGGGCCGGAGGAGCCCCGGAGGGGGGCGGCCCCCAGGGCCCGGCCCGGCGGGCGGAGGGGGGCGGCCGGGGGCGGGGGGCUGGUCGCGUACCCCAGGCUGAAGCUGAAGAUCAUGAUCCGGGACAAGCUCAUCCGCGACGGCAUCAACCUGAGUAAACCGCCCUACUCCAACAAGGAUGGGUCACUGGGAAAUAUUGAUGAUCUGGCACAGCAGUAUGCAGACUACUAUAACACCUGCUUCACAGAUGUGUGUGAGAGGAUGGAAGAGCUGCGCAAGCGGAGGGUUUCCCAAGACCUUGAUUUGGAGAAACCUGAUGCCAGCCCCACAUCUCUACAGCUGAGAUCCCAGAUUGAGGAGUCGCUUGGUCUCAGUAGCACCGCAUCAACACCUGACACUGAAAGAAAGCUCUCCAUUCAUAAAUCAAGUUCAGAAGAAGGCUCUGUAGGGAAAGCAGACUGGAAAAAGAAAAAUAAGUUUUUUUGGCAGAAUUUCCGAAAGAACCAGAAAGGACUGAUGAGGCAGACUUCAAAAGGAGAGGAUGUCGGUUAUGUGGCCAGUGAGAUCACAAUGAGUGAUGAGGAGCGGAUCCAGUUGAUGAUGAUGGUGAAAGAGAAGAUGAUCACCAUUGAGGAAGCACUUGCUAGGCUGAAAGAGUAUGAAGCUCAGCACAGGCAGUCGGGCCCUGUAGAUGCUGCAGAAUGGCCUGAUGGUUCUUAUUCGACACUUGAUGGGUCUUCCAAUUGUAAUUCAAGAGAACAAUCCGAUGAUGAAACAGAGGAGUCGGUGAAGUUUAAGAGGUUGCACAAGCUGGUGAAUUCUACUCGCAGAGUCAGGAAGAAACUCAUAAGAGUUGAAGAAAUGAAAAAACCCAGCACAGAAGGUGUGGAAGAGCAUUCACUUGACAACUCUCCUAUUCUGGAUGACAGAUCAGCACUUUACUCUGGAGUUCACAAGAAGCAAUUCUACUUUGACAGCUCCUGUGAAAAGCAGCCAGAGGAUGACUCGGACUCACUUACUACAUCUCCCUCAUCCAGCAGUCUCGAUACGUGGGGAGCUAACCGGAAGCUGGUGAAGACCUUCAGCAAAACCGAUAGCCGUGGCCUUAUCAAGCCUCCCAAGAAACUUGGGACAUUUUUCUCUUACCCAGAAGAGGAGAAGUCCCAGAAAGUUUGCCGCUCCUUGACAGAUGGGGAAAUGAAGAAGAGCCUUGGCUCACUGAGCCAUGGGGUAAGUACAGAAAGCAUUUGCUUUUAUGACAGCAACAGGCACAAGCACCAUCUUCUGGUGUCCCUGGAGGAGAUUCAGAGUGUAAGGAAGCAGAUCCGAUUGAAGAAAAUGGAUACUAACUAUUCCUGUUCCAGAGCUUUUCUCUGCCAGCGCCCUGCUAGGAAAGGAGCAUCCCCCACAACUUGCGACCUGCAAUUACUGCGGCACAAAACGAAAGGGGGUGGAGGUUGUGGCUUCCCAAACAGAAGGCUACGAGGGCGCACCUCUGUCAGCGAGUUCAAUAUUACCUAUGUGGUGGAGAGAAGCCUGUACAGUCACCUCAACCUCUCACAGCUGGUGCGUCCCGUUACUGACAGGACCCUGAGCAAGGCCGACAAGCAGGACCUGAGGAGAUGCCUGCUGGAGGAGGAUGAGGAGGCCAAGAGGAAGUGGGCUGCUACAGUGGAUCGCUGUACUAAAAGGGUUCUCUUGAGAAUCCACCAAAAGUCUAGAACCUGUAGCUUUGGAGGCUUUGAUUUGACAAAUCGUUCCCUUCACAUUGGAAGCAGUUCUGACCAAAUGGGCAAAGAAGGAGACUUUGUUUAUAAAGAAGUGAUCAAAUCACCCUCUGCCUCCCGUAUAUCUCUGGGCAAAAAGGUGAAGUCUGUAAAAGAAACCAUGAAGAAAAGGAUGUCAAAAAAAUACAGCAGCUCUUUGUCUGAGCAGGAGUCCAGCCCUGGGAUCAUGCCGGGUUCCCCGCAGUCACCACCACCAGACACUGACUCCCUGGACAAACCCAAGCUGAAAGCUGGUGGCUCAGUGGAGAGCCUGAGGAGUUCCUUAAGUGGUCAGAGUUCAAUGAGUGGUCAGACAGUGAGUACAACAGAUUCCUCAACCAGCAACAGGGAGAGUGUGAAAUCAGAAGACGGUGAUGAUGAAGAGCCUCCUUACAGAGGACCUUUUUGUGGAAGAGCCAGGGUUCACACUGAUUUUACUCCGAGUCCUUAUGAUACAGAUUCUCUGAAGCUCAAGAAAGGUGACAUCAUUGAUAUAAUCAGCAAACCCCCCAUGGGCACUUGGAUGGGUCUGUUGAACAACAAAGUUGGCACCUUCAAAUUUAUCUAUGUGGAUGUGUUAAAUGAAGAGGAAGAGAAGCCAAAGCGGCCCACCAGGAGACGUCGAAAAAGCCGACCACCCCAGCCCAAGUCAGUUGAGGAUCUCUUGGAUCGCAUCAAUUUGAAGGAGCACAUGCCCACUUUUCUGUUUAAUGGUUAUGAAGAUCUGGAUACCUUUAAGCUUUUAGAAGAAGAAGAUUUGGAUGAACUGAACAUCCGAGAUCCUGAGCACAGAGCUGUUCUCCUCACAGCAGUGGAACUUCUUCAGGAAUAUGAUAGUAACAGCGACCAGUCAGGAUCUCAGGAGAAACUUCUCAUUGAAGGCCAAGGCCUAACCGGAUGCUCUCCUCGGGAUUCUGGCUGCUACGAAAGCAGUGAAAACCUGGAGAACGGUAAAACUCGAAGGACCUGUCUUCCGCCCUCAAAAUCAGCAAGUGAGCAUAGCUUUAGGGAUUUCAGCAGAAACCAGCUAUCAGAUUACCCCACGCUUCCACUGACCAAGUCAAUAGAAACUCUGCAGCCAGGGGAAAAAGAGAGCCGGCUGGGGCGUGCCCAUCGUGCUCUAAAGAGCUCUGUCAAGCCUCCGGCCGUCACGGGUCUGAAGAAGAACCGCAGAAGUUUACCAGUUGCUGUGUGUCGAAGCUAUGAAACUCUGGAUGGCCCUCAGGGUGUAGAUACAUGGCCAAGAUCUCACUCACUGGAUGAUCUCCAGGGAGAACCCACUACUAACUUACAGGACACUACCAAGAAAGUAGGUUCUUUUCCUCAGGAUUCACUGGAUAUAGCUAAAAAGGCAAGUGUCUCUGCCUUGCCGCCUCAGUCUCAUGGAGGCAGCUGUAAGGCAGAUGAUGUCAUGGCUAAGCAGGGCAAAGGAGCUGCUAAUUCUCAGAAGGGAAGAGCUAAGGAACUGAACUGCUCUGUAGCAGAGACUGCAGGUGGAAAACCUGCUCUGUUCCCCCUGAAAAACUGUGAAGCUCAGCCUGCCUUAGUGAUGCAUCAUGCAACAAGGACACCUCUGGAAAUACAGAGUAAAGGUUUUCAUGACCUUGCACAGGCUGAUUAUGCUCCAGUCCUCAAGGGAGGUCUAGAAGCUGAACAAAAAAGCACAAAUGAGGCAAGAAUGCAACCAAAAAAUCCUUCUCAGCCUCCACCUGUCCCUGCCAAAAAAUGCCGAGAACGCCUUUCUAAUGGAUUAUAUCAUCCUCCCACGACCACAAGUGGAAACCACUCAAGUUUAGAAGCACCAUGUUUGCCGGUAAAAAAGACCAGCUCAUCCACUCCCAUUGAUUGUCAUGGAGUACCUGUCCAUAGGACAUCUUCUGAACAGGAGCCCAGUAGCCCUCCUAGCCCACUGCCACCCUGGCUGUCGGAGCUCCCAGAGACUGCUAGUGUUCAGCAGCACGUGGUAAAGCUCGGGCCUGCAUCAGCAAGGAAAGUCUCUUGCAGCAGAGGAAUGGAUCUGGAAAUGGUGAUAGAAAACAAGCUGCAGUCUGAAGACAUUGAUCUUACUGAAGAACCGUACUCAGACAAGCAUGGUCGCUGUGGCAUUCCUGAGGCUUUGGUACAGAGGUACUCUGAAGACUUGGAGCAGCCUGAAAAGGAUGUGGCUACAAACAUGGACCAAAUCAGGGUAAAGCAGCUGAGGAAGCAGCAUCGCAUGGCGAUUCCAAGUGGAGGACUCACAGAAAUUUGCCGUAAACCUGUAUCCCCAGGACUCAUCACCUCUGUAUCUGACUGGCUGAUUUCCAUUGGUCUGCCUAUGUAUUCCAGCCUGCUCACGGAAGCAGGAUUCAACACACUGAGCAAAGUGCCUUCUCUGUCACAAACUUGCCUUCAAAAAGCUGGCAUCACAGAGGAAAGGCACAUAAGCAAGCUCCUGGCAGCAGCAAGACUCUUCAAACCUCUUGAUCCAGAGGCAAUUUAACAUGCUCCAUAGUGUGACAUUGCCUGGUUGAGAAUCCACUGCUUCUUCCUGCACCAGUAUCACUCUAAUUACUUCAUGUAGCUAAAGGGAUCAAGGAAGUGGCUCCCCAGGACAGGCAGAUAUCUUCUUCAGAGGAUAUGAAAGUCUUUGGCAAUUGAAGGAGAAGAGAGGCAACCACCAGGUAACAUAGAUGUGGUACUUCCCUCCCCGCUCACUCCCAUCUGAAGUAUUCCUGUUUCAUAAACCGCACAGGGUUGGCCUGAGAAUCAGACAGCUUCACAGAAUUAAGGGACCCUUGCACAUUUUCCUCGAGUUUCUGAUAGUGAUGCUAGUAACAGGUCUUCUGUACACCUAGGUUCUAGGUACCUGAAAUCCUAGAGACCAGGUACAAAUCAAGGUGCAAAUUCCAGUAGAACCUGUUUGGCAAAUGUCUUUUGUUUAUUUUAGCAGUCUAGAGCAAACACAAAGCCCUCAGUCAUCUUUACUGUUGCUUGGUGUAGGUCCCAGUUGCCACGAAGCCUUUAGCUAGGCUGAAGUUGAUGGACUGAAAUUAGUUUUCAGUAUGGUCCAUCUAUGUCACUUCAAUGCAACUAACCCAUGAAGAGUCAGAAAGCUUCUUUUUAUUUGUACAGAGCUGAGGUAAUUUUUAUAACUGCUUUCUAGCAAUCAGCUUUUUUAUUUGCCUUAAAAUAAGCUUUUAAGCAGUUACCUAGUGUUCACUUUACCUGUAUUCACAUUUCCCAAGCCUUGUUUCAACUUAAGUUGCAUUUAGGGUGAUUUCCAGCUGAAGUUAGCUUCUAUAAAAUGCCUCAUCAUAACAUCUCCUGUGUUAUAGAGGUCCUUUUACAAAUGCAGGGUUAUGCUAGGUUUUGGUUGUCAGGUUAACUCCUUGUUCACUACAGUCUGCAUUUACUGUUGUUACUAAACUAUUCCAAGAUAUACUGCCUUGUAUAUAUGUAACUGCUUUUCAUUUUAAUCAUAUUCUGUGUACUGUGUUAUAUUGUCAAUCAUUAUGCUGCAGCUUUGACUUGGUAUCCUGACCAUAUUGAUUCCAAACAGUGGGUUUCUGCAAAUGAAAAUUCACUUGCAUUGAAAAAGUAAAUUGUGUCCCGUAGAAAUCAUUAGACCCAGUAAUUCCAUUGCAUGGACAAGAAAAUUCCCAGAUAGUCUUAUGAAUAACACUGUGAUUUUUAAAACAGUUGAUAUCCCUCACCACUGCAUUACUAUUACCUCUCACUGGAAAAGAGUAUUGUUCUGGCAAAUGUGAUGAACGAUUUUUCAUGAUGCAGUGAUAUUUUUCUGCCUAACUCCAUGUGAAACGUUCCAGUCACAUAUGUGACUAAUGACAGAUUUUAUUUUUCUAUAUUGGGUACACCUUUUAUAUACCAAAUACAAAUGAUCAUGAAUAGCACAUAACCAGCUUUUUCUUUGGGGUCUAUAUACAGUGUGUCCUUCAGCUUCUUGUAGUGCAAAUGCCCUGUGGAAGACAAAGCCAGCUUAGUCUGGCAGGUAAAGGGAGAUAAAAUAGAAACCUGGGCACAGGCCGGGAUGUGUGGCUGUUUCCAAUAUCAGUUCUGACAACAAUUUACUGUAUAAAACCAGACAAAGCAUUUCACUGUUUGGUGCCCCAAUUAUCCCAGUCUCAUACUGAGCUAAUGACUUCUGAUAAAAUGCUGUCAGAUUGAUGAAUGAAAGAUUUGGUUAUUCCAUGAUUCCUUACUAUAUCUGGCCCUUUCAUGCUCAUGUUCUAAGUGUAUGAAUAUGCAUUUUACUACAGAUGAUAACUGUUUUUCCUCCUGGUAGAAUUGAUAGCUGUUAGGUAUACUUCCCACAUUUCGUAUUUCACCAGUGUCUACUGCACACCAUUACAUGAAGGCAACUAAGUCACUGAUGCAACUUGAAAUUGUUCUCAAGCAAAGCUGUGUAAUGUUCUCCUUGGUGUCUGAUAAGCAGCAUGUUCUGAUAUGACAGUAUCAGGAGACAUUGAGCAGCCAUGUUUUGUACAGCUGGUGAAAAUCUGUGCAGCCUCACCUUGAGUCCUGUGUGCAGUUUUGGGCACCAGAAGUGACAUUAAGCUAUUGGGGAGCAUCCAAAGGAGGACCACGAAGAAGGUGAAGGGUCUGGAAGGGAAACUUUGGGAGGGGCAGCUGAGUCUGUUCAGCCUGGAGGAGACUGAGGGGAGACCUCAUUGCAGUCUCAACAUCCUCAUGAGAGGAAGCUGAGGGGCAGGUACUGAUCUCUUCACUCUGGUGACCAGAGACAGGACCCAAAGGAAUGGCCUGAAGCUGAGUCAGGGGAGGUUUUAGGUUAAUCAGGAAAAGGUUUUUCACCCAGAGGGUGGUUGGGCACUGGAACAGGCUCCCCAGGGAAGUGGUCACAGCACCAAGCCUGACAGAAGAGACGUCAAGAGAUGUUUGGACAGUGAUCUCAGGUAGAUUGUGUGACCCUUGGGGAUGGUGCUGUGUGGAGCCAGGAGCUGGACUCAAUGGGUCCCCUUUUGUAGCUCAGUAUAUUCUAUGAUUCUAACAGAAAAAAAAAAAAAAAAAAAAAGAAAAGUAAAGAAUUGUGUUUUUUCAAUAAUUAUUAUUUUUCUCUUGUUCCUCUCUGAGGCUUACAUGGUGACUAUCAGUAAGCAGGAGAUAGAGUAUCAAGACUUCCUCGGAUUGUUGGCAGAACAGAGUAGAAGUGGACAGCAGUUAUAUUGGAGCAAGGGAAAAGUCCAAGCUGACUAUAGCAAUAAAAAAAGAAACAAAUUCCCUUGUGUUGCAGGGAAGACAAGUCAUAUAAUAAAGCUCUCCCAUAUUAAUCACUUUCCCCUCUCUUAAUAACACAAGGAGAGUUUAGGGAAUAAGCUGGACCUGUUUGCCAAACUCUCUUUGUAAAUCCAUUAUUUUAAAAUGAUUAUGUGACCCAGGGAAACCAAAUCACACCCAUCAGGACUGGAGUGAGCAGUUUGAGAUUUAUGAGUUUUAAUAUUUGUUUUGUUUUCUUUUAAAGAAUGUGCUUUGUGGUCUUGAAUUACAAUUUUAGUUUAUAAUCUAAUCUAAAAAAAGCCUUAAGCUUCUCAGUGUUUGAGCUUCCCUGCUGUGGUUUCAGUGACCUGUGGCAUUCCCCAAGCAGGUGAGGGUGGUGCAUUACGAGAGCCAUAACCUCUUGCAUCUUCUUGCAACCUUCAGUGCUCUAAGCAAAAAGUUCACUCAUUAACUCUUGGAAAGCACAGAAGAAACCUGCUGCUGGAAUCCUCAUCUGCUCUGCUCAGGCUCGCCAUGUUAAGUAUCUACCCAUUGUAUCUUAGUAACUCAAACAGCUAUUUAACAAUAGAAGCAGCAAGCCCAAAAUAUUACCAAAUGCCAUCAUACUCAUAUGCUUUGAUCAAUAACCCGCUGUUGCUACCCAGGUGGCAAUUCCCCGUGCUCUUGUAUGAGCCUGGCUGUGGAUGCAGACUGGGAGCAUGAUCAGAAGCAUUAAACAUUGCAUUACCCAAACAGACCAUCAUGUCUAAGAGCAGCAAUAGUGGUCGAUUCACUAAGUCACAGCUGUGCAGUUGUACUGUAUUAUUUUUAGAAUAAAUAAUACUUUCAGUCCAAGAUACUUUUAGCAUUAAUUGACACCCUUUGGGGAAUCAAAAGUGUCAAGCAAGUUAUGUAACAACUAACAAAGUUGCACUUUCUGUAUAUGAAAUCAAUAUUUAAAUAACUUAUUUUUCUCCAUUUGCUGUUCUUAAAUGAUGUAAGUAGCUGUAAUAUACCAGUACUCAAUAUGUCCUGCAGUUUGCUUCAACCCAAGAAAGCCGUGUAUUGUAAAGAAAAAAAAAAAAACAACAAAAUAUGAAUGUGUAAAGAUUAUUGUGCUGUUUCAUUUAGCAAAAAAUAUGGUUGACAAAAGGGUUUUCCUGUGUAUCAAAACUUGUCUAUAAUUAUAUGUCAUACUGUUCAUAGAUAAAAAGUAAAUAAAUUUCCAUGAUCUCUCU